UUUGUGACUGGGACCUACCUCCACAAUCCGGAUUUACCUCUGUGCUUUGCAAACUCUGUGCUGCCCCACUCCCAGGUUAGUGUUAAGUGAGACUCCGUACCCCUGCCAGUGAGGCAGACGACCGUGCCUGUUCCCUGGCGCCUACUCAGGCUUGCCCACUCAGUGCUUUGGUACUUUGACAAUGGCGGACGCUGCACCACACACGGACUCCCUCAGAAGCAUUGUGACCUUUGAGGAUGUAUUCAUACACUUUACCAGAGAGGAGUGGGACCUGCUCACCGAGAGUCAAAAACGCCUGUACCUUAAGACGAUGGUGAACAACUUUUCACUGGUAAUGUCAGUGGGACUUGAAAGUUCCAGAUAUCGUUUAAUUUCUCCACCAGAGCCAGAGAGCGCACCCGAGGUUCCUGCCAGGAUAGGCAUAGCUGCGGCAGUGGCAGAGCACCAGAACCUUACACUAGAGAGAGGCCUUAAGAGACUGGGGAAUGUGCUUUCUCCUUGCUGUACAUAGUAGGAUGCAUAAAAGAAAAACUUUGAAAGUAGCCUUUGUAGUGGAACCAACAACCAGAAGUUGAACUUCAUGUAUCCAGCACACGGGAGAGACAACAUCAAUUAGCAGAUGGAAUCCUGAAUGAUACGAACCCACCAGGGAUCCACUUUGCUUACCCCCUGGUGGUUUCAGUGUGACCAUGACCCAGCUCCUGUGGAAAAGAUCUACAAUCUACUGCAGUUUUCCAAAAGUUUCUGUUUCCCAUGGACAGUAUGGACUCUACGUGAGCUAGCUGAAAUGGAUUUCACCAGCCUCAACAUCACCUCACCUUGGAACUGCCUGCCACACACAUUUACGGUUGGUUGGUUUUCCCAAAGAAAUUCGAGAUCCAGAUUUUUAUGUAGAACCAUCUUAUCUCUUAUCAGCUUUAUUCGUUUAUAAUUGAAAGAGAAUAAACUGCACUUACUUAAAUUGUAAGAACAGUUAAGGUAAUGAACACAUCAUUACCCACAAAAGUUUUCUCAUGCUCCUUAAUGAUCUCUUCCUCUUGUCCCUCCCUAAUGCACAUGCA